GACUCCGCGGUGCGUCACUUCCGUUUCUCUCGUUGUGUGCCGGAGCCGCGCGGAGUAGGACAAUGCCCAAGUCAAAGGAACUUGUGUCUUCGAGCUCAUCUGCCAGUGAUUCAGAUAGUGAAGUUGACAAAAAGGCAAAGAGGAAAAAGCAAGCAGCUCCAGAGAAGCCUGUAAAGAAACAAAAGACGGGUGAAAGUUCAAAAGGUGCAGCUUCUUCUAAGCAAAGCAGUAACAGAGAUGAGAACAUGUUUCAGAUUGGCAAAAUGAGGUAUGUCAGUGUUCGUGACUUUAAGGGGAAAGUCCUAAUUGAUAUUAGAGAGUAUUGGAUGGAUCAAGAAGGUGAAAUGAAGCCUGGCAGAAAAGGUAUUUCUUUAAAUCCAGAGCAGUGGAACCAGCUGAAGGAACAGAUUUCUGAUAUUGAUGAUGCAGUAAGAAAACUGUGAAGACAAAGCCAUACAGAAACUUUUAUCAUUUGGGUUGUUCAAGCAGUCUUUUUACAUUGGCUUUUGUUUUUUAAAAUAUUGUUUUCCAAGCUAUUGUAUAUUUGGAUUGCAAACUGAUUUGUAAGAUGAAUACUUUUUUUAUGUGCAUUAAAAGUGUAUUCUGAGUGAGGCUAUUUGUGUAUACUUUACUAAAAGGAAACAUACUGCUUUCACCUCAUAAUGUAAAGUAAAGAAAUCAAGUAAUAUGUAAUGCAUACUUGUUUAUGGCCUUUUGCUUUAAAAUAUUUGCUCAUAAGGCCACCUAACAGCUUUAGUCUUGGUUUAAGUUUAAUUAACAGUCUAGGAAUGUGCUUUCUGAAGACAUUUCUUAAAAGUGUCUCCAUUUAGUUUUUCCUUUUAUAUCUUACUCUUUUAUUACUGCCCUGACAGCUUUCUGCUCUAAGACUUGAUACAAACAAUGAAUACUUGGUAAAACAUUUUUUGUAGAUAAUUUUAAAUACUGUAUUUGCUAAUUUUCCCUAUUUAUUCAGACGUAAAGGGUCCUGAGUACUUAGACUUUUUGCAUUACUUGCAUGAAGUGUUACACUAAACAAUAACACUUGAACACAAGUCCCAUGCUAUUUCUUCCCAUUUCCCAUAGCUUACUUGACUUAGAAAAUACAGGUAGCCAUUUUUCUUGGACCCUAGAUUUUAGAAUGCGAUGCAUAAACUUCUCCAGUAAUAGAUAAAUACCUCAGAGUAAGAUAGUAUUUAAAAGCUCCAAAUGUGCUUAUUGUUUAGGUACCCUUUUCAAGCUUUGCUUUAAGUUGAUUCUUGAACAUGUGAAAACUAGUUAUUCUAUAGAAAACACCAGUUAACCUCUCUUUGUUGACCUUCUGUUUGAGAGUUUUGUGCAGACAUUUAAACUAGGCUGUAUCACA